AGAAGAGGAAGAGGUUUUUGCUCAGCACCGCCGUCACUACGCAACAUGGACGACCAGCGAGACUGGAAUCCUUGGAGACGUCGGCCCCAGCCUCUGCCUUACUACCAAGUUCCGGCUGACAGAAGAGUUGCUGGCGAGGCUAUGUGGAGAGAGUAUCCUGCUUACCCACAGCUUGGCCGCCAGCAGCUGCGGGACGGUGGCAUGGCCGGAGUUCCGGGCCGUGGCCAAUACUACGAGGUUCCACGGCCCGCUCCUAGAGAGCCCUACGCGGUUCGCGAGAAACCACCUCCCAUGGCCCAUCGGGGAGCUAAUGUGGCUCCCACGUACCAAGCUCCUCUUCGUCCUUCCGCAAUUCUUCCUCACCGAGCAGAGCCAGCUCCCCGGCAGUUGCCUUACGCGCACAAGCAGGCGCCUGCUGCUACCUGCCCCUCCAUACAGACCAGCAGCUCCUUCGGUGUCAUGGCAAUCCCAUCACCAGCAGCUGUACGCCGCCGCAGCGCCUCACGUGGCGGCAGCGCGGUCUAUGCCAACUUCAGCCGCUCAACCCCUACAAGCGACGAGAGCGGCGUCUAUGCCUGUGCCAAAGCCUGCUCCUGUGAUGGUUGCAGCCGCACCCCCCAAGCCGGCCGCAACUAG